AUACCGCGACUUGCUUCCAACGUCCAUCGUCUAUAUAGAGGUCUGCGACCACCACACUCCUUCUCGUUCUUGUCUAUCCGUUAUCAAGCAACUAUCCUUCACUUUCAUCGACAUCUCCUUCGUCAUGCCCAUCGCCACGUCCAGCACCAGUCUUCGCGACCGCCGACAUGUUGCACUCGUCGUCAAGACGUCGAGGAACGAGCUCGAGACCCGUGGCCGCAAUAGAACGAGGCACCCCCUCGUCAACAGCCGCGAGCCCACCGCGUCCUCCAGCCGCCCUCCCAGAGUCCGCGCUCCCACACCCGCGCCUUUGUACCACGCACACGAGCUCAUGCCCUACCUCCACAUCGGCUUCCACGAUCUCGACACGAAGUCUACGCGCAUUCCUGGCCCCUACACGCACGGCCCUGCCCCUACGCACGUUGUCAAGAUCCUUUACGCCCCCACGCGCGGUGCGACUCUGCACACCGAUACCGCCGCUGACGCCCACAUCCUUACCAUCUCUGUCCCCAAAGACGCCCAUCGUUCUGUGCACCUCUCGCACAAGCAGCGGCACCUGAUUGCCGACUUCCUCGCACUUGCGCUGCCGUACCAUAGCGCGACGUGCCCACCGCCAACGCCGAUGCGCGGGCUCGUCGCGGACGCGGCGCGCGUCGUCGUGUGCGCGCCGCGGGGGAAGAGUGCCGUGGGGUACGCUGAUCCGGGCCCGGCGCGGCUGGUGCUGGCCGCGGUGGCAACGUACGUCGCGUCGAUCUCGGGGAACCCGGAGCGCGUCGUAUUACCGCAGAUCGUGGACGACGAGGAAACGCCGACGGUGUGGAGGAAGGCGUGGAUCGGUUACACGCUCUGACGGAAGGACUUCUUGCUGUUAUGCGGAUAGUCCGUGACUUUGGCUGGCAUAUACAACCGCGAAGGGACGUGGGCUUUCAUUCUGUGACUGGGUAUAUGUACUCACUGCACCGCGACGCGGCGUACUAAUAUUUCCGGCUGGUUCCUUUGUGCAUUCUGUAUUCUGACCACUUUGUAGCAUAUAAUUCUUAUUACUGUUUGAGUCCAUCCUGGUUGACCGAUG